AUGGAGUGCAGGAAGCUGGAACUCAAUGUGAUAUCGGCCACUGAUCUCCGAGACCGUCAACUGAUCGGAAAAAUGGACGUUUAUGCUGUCGUCUUCGUUAAUGGAGAUCCUGCCUGUAUCAAGCAGAAAACUAACGUCCACAAGGAUUGUGGCUCCAAUCCUCAUUGGAGCCAUGCCAUGUCCUUCACCGUCGACGAAGUUGCGUUACAGCAAAGUCGGUUGACUCUCGUCUUCCACAUCAAGGCCGAUCGCAGCUUCAACGAUUCGCUCCUCGGUGAAGUUCAGGUUCCGAUUAAGAAUUUACUCGAGCAAAACAAUGGCGACGGUGGUCAGACGGAGGAAAACAAGGUUAGUUACGGCGUUAGAACGUCUCAUGGAAAGGUUAAAGGGACUCUGAAUUUUUCGUACAAGUUCGGCGAGAAGUUCUCUGCGCCGGCGCCGGUGACAGCUUAUCCACCGCCCGCGGCCGGAUAUGGUUUCGUACCAUACGGAUCUCCUUCAAAUCCAUCUCACCAGCCUCCUCACCAUCUUCCUCCGCCAUCUGCAGGAGCGCAAUACCCACCUCAUCAUUACUCUCCUUCCUCGGGAGCGCCAUACCCACCUCAUCCUCAUCACCAUUAUUCUCCACCUCCCUCACCAGGAGCUUACCCACCUAGUCAGUCUCCUUCUCAGUAUCUUCCUCCAUCAGGAGCGCCAUAUCCACCUCAUCACCAUUAUUCUCCUCCUUCACCAGGAGCUUAUCCACCAAACCAGUCUCCUCCUCAUUCAGGAUUACCGGCAGGUUAUCCUCCUGUAAGUUAUCCUCCUCCUUCUCUUCCAAUUCCGGCGCCUGCUAAAGCUAGUCCUUACCCGCCACAAGGUGCCUACCCAGCAUCUUCCCCACCAGUUGCCUACCCACAGGGUGGCUAUCCAGCAUCACCCCCACCAGGCGCCUACCCGCCAGGUGCUUACCCACCAUCGCCGCCAAACGGGCAAUAUGGAGCGCCAAAUGGGUACGGUGGAUACGUGCCUGCGCCGCAUCCCAUGUACCCGGGACAUCCGGUUCAGCACGGGUUAAACCCGGCCGUGCAUUUGCAGCAGGGUUUAGCCGGCCAGAAGAAGAAGAAGAAGUUCGGGCUCGGGGCCCCUCUAGCAGGGCUGGGGAUUGGUCUGGGAGUUGGUGCCGCCGGUUUGGGCGGCGCAAUGAUGGUCGGCGGCAUGGCGUCGGAUGUGACUAACACCUUUAGUAGCGUCGGUGAAACAGUGAGUGGCGGCGUGGCCGACACCGUUGGUACCAUGGCUGACACUGUGAAUGGCACCGUUAGCACCGUGGCUGACACAGUGACUGGCGGCGUAGCGGACACAUUUGGCACCAUGGCUGAGACAGUGACGGGUGGCGUGGCGGACACUUUUGGCACCGUGUCUGAUACGGUAACGGGUGGUGUGGCGGACACAGUUGGCACCAUGACUGACACCUUUGGCGGCAUGGCGGACACCUUUGGCAGCGUUGCCGAGAUGGCCGGUGCUGUCUUUAAUAUUUUUGGUUAA